CAGGGCAGGGAUCUUCUCCAGAGAGGUUUAUCUCUCAUGUCUGACGAUUCCGUUUACAAGGCGGUCCAACUCAAACACGCCACUAAGGAAGACCUCUGGCACCAGCUCAUGCACACUACCUGGCGGCUCGAACAUAAUAGAAGAGAGAAAAAUUUACUGAAAUCUCUCCAACGAGAACAAGAAGGUGAAUUUAAGAUGGCCAAAACUGAAAUGGAGAUAUUCAGGGGCUUCAUUACUACCCGGGGGCUCCCGGCCUUGGAAGAGGAC